GUUCCUUUGUCGAAGAGAAGAGACCUUACCCCACCUUCAAUCCUCACAGCCCCCUAUUAUUAUUAUUAUUAUUAUUUUUCCCUUUUUAUCCUCCUUUUCUCUCUCUUCUAUUCAUUCAUUUAUUCCUCCUGUCUUAUCCAACCCAACAUCCACCAUGGCUGAACCACCAAAGACGGCGAAGCGCGAUUUCUUGAUCGAAAUUGAGAAGCAAUCUCAAAAACGUUGGGAGGAUCACAAAGCCUUUGAGGUCAACGCACCGACGAUUGAAGAAUAUGCUGAUACUGCCACGAUCCAUGAACACCACCCCAAAUUUCUCUCUACGACUGCUUAUCCUUACAUGAAUGGACGUCUCCACUUGGGACAUGGGUUCACUAUCUCUAAAAUUGAGUUCGGCACCGGAUACCAGCGUUUGAAAGGAAAGAGAGCCUUGUUUCCCUUGGGAUGGCACUGUACUGGCAUGCCCAUUAGGGCCUGCGCCGACAAAUUGGCUCGUGAGAUGGAGAUGUUCGGCAAGGACUUCAUCAUCCCAAAGGAAGCUGAAGAAGCUACUCCAGAGAUCGAAAAGCUCAACUUGAAAGAGAAUGAGCGAGUCGACCCUACCAAGAUCGUAGCUAAGAAGGGCAAGGUCGCUGCCAAGGACACUGGCCUCAAGUAUCAAUUCCAAAUCAUGGAGCAGAUUGGUGUACCUCGUGAAGAAAUCCACAAGUUUGCUGAUCCUCUUUACUGGUUGAGCUACUUCCCUCCAAUUGCCACCGAUGAUGCCAAGAAGGUUGGUUUCAAGAUUGACUUCCGCCGAUCAUUCAUUACCACGGAUGCCAAUCCUUUCUAUGAUGCUUUCAUCCGCUGGCAGUUCAACAAGUUGAAAGCCUUGGAUAAGGUCAAGUUUGGUGAACGUUACACUAUCUACUCACCCAAGGAUGGCCAGCCUUGCAUGGAUCACGAUCGUCAGAGUGGAGAGGCUGUUGGACCUCAGGAUUAUACUUGCAUCAAGCUCAAAGUUUUGGAGUUCUCAUCAGAGGCUAAGGCUGCUUUGGCUGGAAAUAUGGAGAUUGAGGGUAAGAAAAUCUUCAUGGUUGCCGCUACCCUCCGUCCUGAGACCAUGUAUGGACAGACCAAUUGCUUUGUUGGUGUUGACCUCAAGUAUGGUAUUUUCAAGACCAACAAGCCUGAUGAAUUGUUUUUGAUGACCGAGCGUGCUGCUCGUAAUAUGGCCUUCCAGAAAUUGUCUCCUUCGACUGGCGAGGUUGCCAAGGUUGCUGAUUUGGUUGGCCACCAGUUGCUUGGCACCCAGGUUAAGGCUCCCCUCAGUUCGUAUCCCUCCGUUUAUGUCUUGCCUAUGGACGGCGUUCUUGCCACGAAGGGCACUGGUGUUGUCACUUCAGUCCCCUCUGAUUCGCCCGAUGAUUAUGCUGCCGUUAUGGACUUGAAGAAAAAACCUGACUACUUCAAGAUUCAGCCAGAAUGGAUCGUACCCUAUGAACCCAUCCCGAUCAUUAGCACUCCCACCUACGGUAACCUUGCAGCGCCCACUAUCUGCGCCCAGAUGAAGAUCAAUUCUCAGAAGGACAAGACUCAGCUUGCCCUUGCAAAGGAUGCCGUCUACAAGGACGGGUUUUACAACGGUGUCCUGCUCAUUGGAGAAUAUGCUAAUAAGCCUGUUCAAGAGGCCAAGCCCUUGAUUCGUCAGAUGUUGAUUGACACUCAGGAUGCAGUCCCUUACAAUGAGCCUGAGAGCUUGGUCAUAUCUCGCAGUGGCGAGGAGUGUGUUGUCGCCUUGAUGGAUCAGUGGUAUUUGGACUAUGGCGAGACUGAAUGGCGUAAAUUGGCUGAGGAGUGCUUGGAGAAUAUGAAUGUGUACACGGACGAGACCAAGCACGCUUUCCAGAAGAAUUUGGAUUGGUUGAACCAGUGGGCCUGCGCACGCUCGUAUGGUUUGGGAACCCGUCUGCCUUGGGACCACAACUUCUUGAUUGAGUCUCUUUCGGAUUCGACCAUCUACAUGGCCUACUACACCAUUGCUGCUUUACUUCAGGGUGGAUCCAUUGAUGGUUCAGUCCCUGGGCCACUGGGCAUCAAAGCUGAGCAAUUGACCGACCAAGUCUUUGAGUAUAUCAUGGCUGAUGGACCCCUCCCAACUGAUAGUGAUAUCCCCAAGGCCUCACUGGAUAAACUUCGUCGUGAGUUUGAGUACUUCUAUCCCUUAGAUAUCCGCACCUCCGGUAAGGAGUUGAUCCCCAACCACUUAACCUUCGCCCUCUAUAAUCACGUCGCUCUCUUCCCCAAGAAGUACUGGCCACGCAGCAUCCGCGUCAACGGGCAUUUGAUGUUGAACGGCGACAAGAUGUCCAAGUCAACUGGAAACUUCAUGGGUCUUGCCGAGGCUGUGGAAAAGUAUGGUGCUGAUGCCGCUCGUUUGGCUCUUGCUGACGCCGGAGACAGUGGUGAGGAUGCCAACUUUGAGGAUGGUACUGCCAACGCGGCUAUCUUGAAGUUGCAUACACUUUUGGAGUGGAUCCAGGAUACGUUGAAUACUAAAGACCAGUUGAGGACGGGUGAGCAUAACUUCUAUGACCGUGUCUUUGAGUCACAGAUGAACAAACUGAUCAACCAGGCUGAGGCUGCUUACGAAGCCACAUAUUACCGUGAGGCUGUCAUGUUUGCAUUCUACGAGUUGACCGCUGCUCGUGACUUUUACAGAGAAGCUUGCGCAUUGAUGGAAACUCCCAUGAACAAAGAGCUGAUCAUGCGCUACAUUGAGGUCCAGACCCUUGUGAUUUCGCCUAUUGUUACUCACUGGUCUGAACACGUCUGGGGCAAGUUACUGGGCAAGGAAGGCUUGGUUGUCAACGCUCGUUGGCCCAAGAGCGGCCCUGUUGAUGAGGAUGUACUACAGGAGGUUGAUUAUCUGCGUCGUCAGAUCACCAAUGUUCGCUCCACCGAGACCCAAGCCAACAAGAAGAAGAAGAAGGGUAAGGCUGAUGUCUUUGAUCCAGCUAAGCCCAAGAAGAUCACCAUCUUGAUCGCGUCCAAGUUUCCAGAGUGGCAAGAGACUGCAAUUGAAGUCUUGAAGAGUGCAUACAACCCUGCGUCUAGCAGCGAAAAUGCUGGCAAGGUAUUUGAUGAUGAUAAGAUUAAGAAGGAUCUGACAAGCAAGGGCUUGUUGAAGGACAAGAAGGUGAUGCCAUUCGUCCAUGAUUUGAAGAAGAAGGUAGAGCAGCAGGGCUCUUCGGCUUUCACACAGACCUUGACCUUCGAUGAACCCAAAAUCUUGGCCGAUCAGUCCGAGUAUUUGAGGAGAAUCUUGAGUUACAAUACCUUGACGCUAGUCAAGACAGACGAAGUGGCCAAGACCACGGAGGGCGAUGCUGAUCAGGAAGAUAUCAUUCGUGCUGCUGAACAGUCUGUUCCAGGACAGCCCACAUUUGUUGUCAAAAACAUUGCUUAGAGGUCGUUAAAAAAAAAAGAUGUUCCUUUUUGUUGGUUCUAGAUAAUUUUUUCAUAGUCUACACAUUAUUUUUAUUCAUCAUAAACGAAAAAGUAUAGUUUAUCAGUUCAACCUAGCAUGAUAAAUCAACUAAAAGGACUUCUUCGGGAGCAUGGUGGGG